AUGAGCCAAUCCAGCCGGCCUUUGUCACCCAGUAUAAUUUCGGGUGGAGGGGCAGCACGCAACAAACUGGCGCUCGAGCCGACCUCAACUUUGGACUUCGAUCCAACAAACUUCCAGAGCUCCCCCUCCGUCCGCCGACCCUCAGGAUAUCCGCCCAGAGCUUUAGCUGUAACCUCUUUGCCUUCGCAGCAUAGCUUCUACUCCCUUUACCGGGCCCCCCUCCGCCUCGCCAGCUUCCCGCGGUCUCCCGAGCACGCAACCAUGUCCUGGCAAGCUUAUGUCGACACCAGCCUGGUUGCCACCGGCCAUAUAGACAAGGGCGCCAUCAUCAGUGCUGCCGGAGAUAGCGCGUGGGCAGCGUCUUCCGACCUCCAGCUCAAGCCGGACGAGAUGAAGGCCAUCGCGUCCAUCGUCAGCGGCGACAAGGCCGCCAAGGACAAGGCCUUCGCCGACGGUCUGUACGUUGCCGGCAGCCGAUACGUCAUGGCCCGCGCCGAGGACCGGAGUAUCUACGCGCGACAGGGCCGGAAUGGCGUCGCCAUCGCGAAGACCAAGCAGGCCAUUGUCAUCGGCCACCAUGGAGAGACCCAGGUCGCUGGCAACGCCAGCUCGACCGUCGAGGGCUUGGCCGACUACCUGAUCAACCAGGGAUAUUAA